GAAGUCGUUGCGCGGCUUGCGUUUGAUAAUUUUGCUGUUGGUGGGCAGGUCCUCCUUUGUAGUUUGACCAAAGCAGAUGUUUAACUGUGGUCUUCCUCGGAAAGUUUUGGGACAUACACAUGGUGAUAGAGAAAGCUGGGCCUGCUUUGUCCCAAUCAGACGGUGAGGGGUGUCAGUGAGUCAUGGUCUCUUUAGGGCAUGGAUGUUCCCCCCAAGAGGACCAGGACGUCCUCGUCGGCCAGAGCAAAGACAAGCGGAGGCAGUCCAAGUGGCGGGAGUAUGGCAGCAUAUCGGACCCUGCUGGGGACACCUGUCCUACGUGUCAAGGAAUAGGACGCAUCCCAAGAGGUCAAGAAACCCAGCUGGUCGCAGUGAUCCCCUGCAGUGACCAAAGACUGAAACCGAGACACACAAAGCUGUACGUGACCAUAUCGGUGGCGGUGUGCCUCUUGACCUGCGCGUUGAUCCUAUUCUUCCUCUUCCCUCGAAGCAUGACUUUAUCUCCAGUCAUCAACAAAUCUGUGAUGGUGUUCUUCACUCCCAGUACAGUAGAAAUGAAAGUCACUAAUGUCCUAAACAUCACCAAUGAAAACUUUGUGAGUGUUCAGGCUCAUGACAUGGAUCUGCAGGCUUUGAUAUGGGACACUGUUGUGGGCAAGAUAAAAAUCUCCAACGUGACCACAGUGCGUCCACGCUCUCAAAAAUCAAUCACUGUCGAGGUUCCAAUAUCCAUAGAGGACGUUGGCCUAAAUGGUUACUGCAAGUCCAGCUCUUAUCGAAUCCACACCUUAUUCCUUCACUUGCAGAUGAGUAUGAAAGUGUUCUAUCUGGGUCACUCCGAACAGCUUUCCAUUGACACAUUUCAGUACAUUGACUGUGGAACCAACAGCACGGUCCCUCACCUGACUUGAGAGGCUGACCAGUAGGGUUUGUGGCGAAAAGAUUGCUAAUGGCUGGUUUAUCCAUUGGCUAUAUUAAAAAAAAACCAGAACACUGUGAAGAAGGAAUUCACCCUUCUGAUAUUACAACAGCAUUACUGCUGUGGGUGUUGCCAGUUGUAUUUCACAGCUUUCUUCCACUUUAUUAUACUGUUGACAGCUGUGAGAUACAGAGAUUUCUGUUAUGCAUCAAAGAUAAAACAAUAUUGUUCAUUAAUACAAUGUUAAGGGCCGUUCAAACCAGGAACGAUAAAUAUAAAGAUAACUAUAACGAUAAAAGCAUCCACACUGACCAAUGAUGAGUAAAGUCGUUGAUGAAUGUGAUGGAUUCUGAUUGGCUGAAAGCUUUUUAUCAUUCUCAAAAUAGCUCUGAAAGUGAUCCUCAACAAUAUCGUUAUUCAUGUCGUUAUUGUUAUAGUUUAUGGGUGGAUGUCGUCAUUCAUUUUAGCUAAGAUGAUAACGCUAAAAAAGUAUCAUUUCAGUUUUCGUUCUUGGUGUGAACGGCCCUUUAGACAGUUGACUCCAAACAAUCCUACCAAAUAGAAUGUUGAAACAAAAUUUUACAAGAGGGAAAAAAGAAAAAAAGGGCUGUGGUCACUGGCAUAGAAUACUAGUUAUAUACAGUUCACUUUCUCUCAAUUCUACGAAUGAGACAGAAGAGAAGGUUUUGAUUUUAUUUGUCUUAAUUGUUGCCUGCUGAUGCCAUUUGAUGGACAAGUUGGAGGGCUUGAAAGGAUGGAAUGUUGCUCUCAGAGUAGAGUGAAAGUUGAACUACUCGGAUGUCACCACUGCUGGGCAUACUGUAUGGACUGGAAGACACAAAACCGUCACUGAGUACUUGGUCAUGGAGGAAGAGUUUCGGUGUCAGUAUGUUUUUGUAAGGUAUUUGUUGCCUAUUGUGUUUGCGCACUUUAUCUGAAUGUCCAGUGUUUUUCUGAAUAAAUAUCUUUCGAUUGUGAUUAA